AUGGCCAGAAACCCGGGUUUCUAUGGAGCUCGUGUUGUAGCUGAUGGGCCAAAGGGGAGCCAACGGGAGAUGGGGCGUCCGGCCCCUGGUCCAGUUUCUGACUUUCGAGUGACAAGUGUCAGCACCAGGGAAAUCGGCUUAGCCUGGAGCAGCAAUGACUCAGAGUCCUUUAGGAUUCUUACUAAAGGAGCUGGAGAAUUUGGAAAUCACACAACCAACCAAAGUAUCACCAUUGGUGACUUACGCCCUGGAACCAGUUAUCAUUUUGAAAUAUUUCCUCAAGGACCAAAUGGGACUGAAGGGACACCCCAGACAGUUGGUAGUAGAACUGAAACAGCACCCAGUCCUGUGUUUGACAUUGAUGCUGUUUCCAUCAGUCCAACCAACGUCGUCCUGACUUGGAAAAAUGAUGACCUGGCUGCUUCUGAGUACACGUACAGAGUAAAGAAUGAGAGGGAAACGGAGUGGAGGGUGACUGGACAGAAUGAGACGGUGUGCAACAUCACAGGCUUGAGUCCGGCGACUUCAUAUGUAUUCUCCGUCACUCCAGGAAUAGCCAGUGAGACGUGGGGAAGUCCCAUGGUCAUAAAUGUCACAACAGAACCUCGUCCAGUGUCUGGGCUUCGUGUGACCUUCAUGGGUGUGACGCAGGUUGCUCUUACCUGGAGCACGGACAAUGGCACUGAGUCUUACCGGAUGCUCCUGGAAAGCAUCCGAAGUCCUACAGAGAUGACCAAUGACUCGGCAGUCAAUAUUUCAGGCCUGAAGCCAGGGUUUCAGCACAUUAUCCUGUAUCUUCCAGAAUCAGAGGAGAUUCAAAGAGACACCCUGGUUAUGGAAGGUGGCAGGGGUGCCAGCAGCAUGGAGGGAAGCCCAGCGGUGAGCACACCCUGGCCCAGCGGCAGCGCCUCGAGUACAUACCGCCUGGUACCUGCAGACCCCGCCUCCAGCCAGGAGUCCCAAGGCACUGACGUCCUGCUCGUAGGGUUGAAGCCCAGCGCUCAGUACAGGGCCACUGUUUAUUCUCAAGCGGCAGAUGGCACAGAAGGCCAGCCCCAGGCCAUCGAGUUCAGGACAAAUUCUAGUCAGGUUUUUGACAUCCAAGCUAUGAACAUCAGUGCCACAAGCAUGACCCUGACCUGGAAAAUCAGCUAUAAUGGGUCAUCCUCUGCCUACACCUACAAGAUACAAGUGACCGGGGAGGCCAGUUCCCUCAAUCUCACCGUCAGUGAGACUCAUGCUGUCGUCUCAGGACUCAGCUCAAGUACCUUGUACAACAUCACAGUGUGACCUUUCCUGGGAGAUGCUGAGGGCACGCCAGGCUUUCUCCAAGUGUAUACCCCCCCUGGUCCAGUUUCUGACUUUCGAGUGACAAGUGUCAGCACCAGGGAAAUCGGCUUAGCCUGGAGCAGCAAUGACUCAGAGUCCUUUAGGAUUCUUACUAAAGGAGCUGGAGAAAUUGGGAAUGACACAACCACCAACCAAAGUAUCACCAUUGGUGACUUACGCCCUGGAACCAGUUAUCAUUUUGAAAUAUUUCCUCAAGGACCAAAUGGGACUGAAGGGACACCCCAGACAGUUGAUGGUAGAACUGACCCUAGUGCCGUGUUUGGCAUCCGCGUGGUCCACGUCACCACCACCGAGAUGCGGCUGGAGUGGCAGAAUACAGAUGGUGCUUCUGCGUACGUCUACCACUUGGUGGUACAGUCGGAGAGCGGCUCCCGCGAGGUGAACAACUCUGAGGAAGCAGCCACCCUGCAGGGCCUCAUCCCGGGCACCUUAUAUAACAUCACCAUCUCUCCAGAAGCCAGCCAGGUCUGGGGACAGCCCAGCUCCAUUGUCCAGUACACACGGCCAAGCAGUGUGGCCAACAUUGUCAUAAACACCAGCACCACAGCGGCAACCUUAAGUUGACAGAACCCUGAUGCAGCCUCGCCCACGUACUCCUACCGCCUUCUUAUUGAAAAGGCUGAAAAUUCCAGCAACACAACUCAGGUGGUCAGGACGGAUGUCGGGGUCACUAAUGCCACAGUCAUGGAGUUGAUACCUGGCUCACCGUACAGAGUGGAGAUCUUUACACAAGUGGGGAAUGUCACUGAGUCUCUGACGCCCAGCUGGGAGUCUUUCUGUACAGAGCCUGCACCGGUGACCUCCUUCCACUGUGAGAUGGUCUUCAAAGAGCCAGCCUUGGUUCUGAAAUGGGCCUGCCCUCCUGGCACCAAAGGCUUUGAGCUAGGGGUCAGCAAUGGAGCCUGGGACAAUGUGACACUGCUGGAGAGCUGCUCCCCCGAGAACGGCACUGAGUACAGGACAGAAGUCACGUAUUUGAAUUUUUCUACCUCGUACAACUUCAGCAUCACCACGCUGUCCUGUGGGAAGAUGGCUGUCCCCACCCAGAACACCUGCGUCACUGGCAUCACAG